GUUAUUUCUGGCAUGCAUUAAUCUCAUCCAGCAUAGGCUUAAUUGUAAUAGCAAUUGGAAAACUUGUAAAAAGGGUUUGAAUAACUUGUUCAAAGAGUUCCAGAAACCAUUCAUUUAUCUUGUUUAUCUCAAAAUAGCAAAGAUGUUAAUAGAUAUUCAGAUUGUAUUUUGUUAAAUUCAUGCAAGGUAUGAUGAGAAGAAGUAAGGUAGUUGAUAAAGAAAUGAGAUAAUUUGAUUUCAAGAUGAUGUUCAUGAGCAAUCAAUUUGAAAAGUGCAUUUAAUCAGGUGACUCUGGUAAAUGUGUUGAAUCAGCCAAAGCAGAUGUCUAGAGAUAUAUAAAUGAAUUCUAAAAAAAUAUUAAUUGA